CGGAGCUCCUGGCGAACGUCGCGUCCCGCGGUCUGGGGCGGCCUGCUGGGCGGGGCCUGGUUUCCGCGAGAGACGAGGGCCGGGUGCUGUGAACCGCUGGGACAUGGACAGUCGCCUGCAGGAGAUCCGGGAGCGACAGAAGUUGCGGCGGCAGCUCCUCGCGCAGCAGUUGGGAGCUGAGAGCGCCGACAGCAUUGGUGCUGUGUUGAACAGCAAAGAUGAGCAGAGAGAAAUUGCAGAAACGAGGGAGACUUGCAGGGCUUCCUAUGACACCUCUGCUCCAAAUGCAAAGCGUAAGUGUCUGGAUGAAGGAGAGACAGAUGAAGAUAAAGUAGAAGAAUAUAAGGAUGAACUAGAAAUGCAACAGGAAGAAGAAAAUUUGCCAUAUGAAGAAGAGAUUUAUAAAGAUUCUAGUACCUUUCUUAAGGGAACACAGAGCUUAAAUCCCCAUAAUGAUUACUGCCAGCAUUUUGUAGACACUGGACAUAGACCUCAGAAUUUCAUCAGGGAUGUAGGUUUAGCUGACAGAUUUGAAGAAUACCCUAAACUGAGGGAGCUCAUUAGGCUCAAGGACGAGUUAAUAGCAAAGUCUAACACUCCUCCUAUGUAUUUACAAGCAGAUAUAGAAGCCUUUGACAUUAGAGAACUGACACCCAAGUUUGACGUGAUUCUCCUGGAGCCACCUUUGGAAGAGUAUUACAGAGAGACCGGCAUCACCGCCAAUGAGAGAUGCUGGACAUGGGAUGAUAUCAUGAAGUUAGAAAUUGAUGAGAUUGCAGCACCCCGGUCAUUUAUAUUUCUCUGGUGUGGUUCUGGGGAGGGAUUGGACCUUGGAAGAGUGUGUUUACGCAAGUGGGGUUACAGAAGAUGUGAAGAUAUUUGUUGGAUUAAAACCAACAAAAACAAUCCUGGGAAGACAAAGACUUUAGAUCCCAAGGCUGUUUUCCAGAGAACAAAGGAACACUGCCUCAUGGGGAUCAAAGGAACCGUGAAGAGAAGCACAGACGGGGACUUCAUUCAUGCUAAUGUCGACAUUGACUUGAUUAUUACAGAAGAACCUGAGAUUGGAAAUAUAGAAAAACCUGUGGAAAUUUUUCAUAUAAUUGAACAUUUUUGUCUUGGUAGAAGACGUCUUCAUCUGUUUGGAAGAGAUAGUACCAUUCGACCAGGCUGGCUCACAGUUGGACCAACACUGACAAAUAGCAACUACAAUGCAGAGACAUACGCAUCCUACUUCAGCGCCCCUAAUUCCUACUUGACUGGCUGUACAGAGGAGAUUGAGAGACUUCGACCAAAGUCACCUCCUCCCAAAUCUAAGUCUGAUCGGGGUGGUGGCGCUCCCAGAGGAGGAGGAAGAGGGGGAACUUCGGCUGGCCGUGGUCGAGAAAGAAAUCGAUCCAACUUCCGAGGAGAAAGGGGCGGCUUUCGGGGAGGUCGAGGAGGAGCACACAGAGGUGGCUUUCCCCCUCGGUAAUUUUUAGAGAUGUCAGUCCUAUUCCUGCCCCUCUAGCCUUUGGGUGGGAGACUUACUUUCAGGACUCAGUCCCUCUCGCCUUUGUUCUGGCUGCUCUGCCUGCCAGGAACAACUUGCAAACUUCCUCACCAGUGUCGUACCUGCGCCAUUUUGUUCGGGGUGGGCAGUCUUCAUGCAUGCAUGUAAUUGAGCAGGACGAACAACACAGAUAGCUUUGCUUUCAGAGACUGAAUUCACUCUGAUUUUAAACAGUUACAGAGGCUUCUGCUUUCUGGGAGUGGGUGGACAGUGGGAAGACGCCGUCUGGUAUCAGGCUGGAGCUGAAGGGAGUCCAUGGCACAUCCUUCCUUUGCAACCACAGCAAGUGGGGGUCUGCUGCACCCAUGGUGGAGUGGGGCACUCGGAACCUAUCUGUGGGGGUUCAGCAUUUCCUUGUUGAAACAGUAAAAGAAGUGCAUACUGCAUUUUCUUUCUUUUAAAAAACAUUUUAAAUAAAUUCAAACAUAAUUUGAGUACUGAAGAAA